GCGGCGCAGGGCGAAACUUGGGGUCCGGGGAGGCUCCUCCGCACGCCAUGUGCCCGUGUCCCCGGCAUCGCGGCCGCGGGCCUCCGGCCGUGUGCGGUUGCGGCGACGCUCGCCCCGGGCUGCGCUGGGCGGCGGCGCAGGUGACCGCGCUGAGGCUGCAGGCGCUGGGCGACGAGCUGCACCGACGCGCCAUGCGGCGCCGCGCACGGCCCCGGGACCCGCUGCCUGCGCUGCUGCCCGCGCUCCGCGCCCGCUGGCCCUGGCUGUGCGCGGCCGCGCAGGUGGCGGCGCUGGCGGCCUGGCUGCUCGGCAGGCGGAGCGCGUAGGCGGCGCGCGCGGGGCCUUCUUGGUAGGGGGGACCGGAGCCGAGACCCAGCCCGGACCGAGCAACAGGUUGGCGAAACCCUGUAUCCUUGGAGGAAGCUGGUUCCCAUUUUCCUGAGCGGGGAGCCUGGACCUUGGAAGGAAGCCGAGCGGAAAGACCCACCCAGAGCUGAUGGUGGAAACACGGACUGAGGAAGCCCCCGGGAAGUCCAGCUGCAGAGAUAGCCACCCCGAUGCUAUUUACAUAUAGCUAUACAUAUAUAUAUAUAUAUACACACACACACACACAAAGGAGAAAAUACAAAAUUCUGUAUCUGUGCAUGCCUGCGGGGCAUGUGGUCCCUCCCCUUUCCGCACCUUGCAAUGUGAACUUUGAGACUUUGUAAUGUCUGGGGCAGCAGGGGAGACAGAUGCUUGCUGCUCUGUGUGUGCUGGAAACUUACAAGGACUGGUGGGAUCAGCCUCAGCAUGGACCAACUGCCCAGCACAGAUGUUGGCGUGGAGUAGUGGGAACUCUGCCAAAGGCAAGAUGGACAAAAACAAAGGGGAUGUGGGGCCCGUUUUGUUGGGUGCAGCCUGGGGGUCCCUCUCCAUUUCUUGACAUGUCCUAGUCUCUCUCUGUGUCCCUAUCUAGACAGCUGUCACGGUUGCAGCCAGAGAAACGGGAUGUCCUUUUCUUUUCCUACCUAUCUGGUGUGUGUGGUGCUGAACUUCAAAUUCUCUUGGUGCUAAGUGUGUCCUUGGCGUGGUCAGAGUCUUAACUGACAGACCCAGAAGGCCAGGGGAUGACAGGUUUCUAUUUUGCUCUUUGAAUAUCCUCUUUUUUUUAAGGGCCAAGUGAUGAGUGCCACUGGGGAGUCUUUCUAUGGGGGAGCAGGGAAGGCUCACAGGGGUUUAGGAGCAAACCCCGGGGUGCCUGGGAAGGAGGAGGGGCGAGCCUGGUUGCAGAAGCUGCUUAGGAGUUGGCAGUUCCCUCCUCCCCCUGCAGCAAUACCCUGGGAGAUUGCUGUGGCCUCCCCCACUUCGUGAGGGGAUUCAGGGCUUAGGUUUUAUAAAGAGCCAAGAAAUGGCUUCGUUCUGACAGAGGAGCGUGAUUUACAAGCAGGGGAUGUUGGGGAGGGGGCGGACCUUUUAAAUGGAAUGUCCGAUUCCCCUGCUCCCCAAACACACAUAGGAUAAGCUACUGUUUUCAGAAGUUUCUCGAAGGGCUAAUAUAAAUAAAUAAAUAGAUAUAUAAAUACAUAUAUUAUAUAUAUAAAAUGAAGCUGUGUGCUUGACUGAUAUUUGACUGCAAGGGCUCACUGCUUCAGAAGUGAUGAUUAAUUUUUGCUUUCAUUUUUUUAAAAAAAGAUUCCAACAGAAACAGGUAUUAUUCCUCUGCAUGGAUACUUUAUUGCCUCUAUUGUGAUCUUCGUGGUUGAGUUGGUGAGGGAGCCUGCUGUGGGCUCAGUGAGACAGUUACUCUUAUUUUUAAUUUUUGAGACAAGGUCUGGUGCUGGAGACCAGGCUGACCUCCGAUCUUGAGCCCCCUGCCUUGGCAUCUGGCAUUUGGGACACUGCCUGCCAGGGGGACAGUCAUUUUCCCCUGGCUGAAUUUGCAGGUCGCUUGCCUGGUGCCUGGGGACCAGGGGUCUGCUAGGAAGCAUCAGUUAUUAGGGUGCACAGGGCUACAAGGGAAAUGGUCCCGGUCAAUUAUGCUGAGUGUGAUCAGCUCCUAAAGUACACACCCUCUCAGUCCGGUGACAACGGGCUCCUUUCAUUCAUUUUUCCUUCUCCAUAUUGAAUCCAUGCCUUACAGUUCUCUAAAUAACCCAUUAAAGAAAAAUGCAACUGAGAACU